UCCUAGCGUUCUGGAAAAGGAGACGUUUCCGUCUCCGGUGUCAUGGCGGCCUCCUCCCCUGAAGGCGUGCCGGAGACUCAGGACGGGAAAAGACGGCAGUUCGGGAACCGGUUCCUGAGCGAUCCGGCGCGCGUCUUCCACUACAAUGCAUGGGACAAUGUGGAGUGGUCAGAGGAGCAGGCCGCGGCGGCGGAGAGGAAAGUGCAGGAGAACAGCUCCCAGCGGGUGUGCCCGGAGAAGCAAGUUGACUAUGAAGUGAAUGCCCAUAAAUACUGGAAUGACUUCUACAAAAUUCAUGAAAAUGGAUUUUUCAAGGAUAGACACUGGCUCUUUACUGAAUUCCCUGAACUGGCACCUAGCCACAAUCCCCUGGCGGAUUUACCCCUGGAGAGCCAGAAGCAUGAAGAACACAGAAGUGGUGAGGAUGGGCCUGGCUGGACAUCAGAGCCGCAUGGGUGUUCCUGUACCGGUCACGGGUGUGACACGCAGGUGCCUCCUGUGGAAGAGACUGUGACUCAGAAGCUCGGUCAUCUAGCAAUUUGUGCUGAUGAAUUUCCCGGAUCCUCAGCCACCUACCGAAUACUUGAGGUUGGUUGUGGUGUAGGAAACACAGUCUUUCCAAUUUUGCAAACUAACAAUAACCCAAACCUCUUCGUUUACUGUUGUGAUUUUUCUGCCACUGCUAUUGAACUGGUCAAGACAAAUUCAGAGUAUGAUCCUUCUCGAUGUUUUGCCUUUGUUCAUGACCUAUGUGAUGAAGAUCAGAGUUACCCGAUGCCCAAGGACAGCCUUGAUGUCAUUGUUCUUAUAUUUGUUCUCUCAGCAAUUGUCCCAGACAAGAUGCAGAAAGCUAUCAACAGGCUGAGCGGACUCCUGAAGCCUGGAGGGGUAAUGCUUCUUCGAGACUAUGGCCGCUAUGACAUGGCUCAGCUUCGGUUUAAAAAAGGUCAGUGUCUCUCUGGAAAUUUCUAUGUGAGAGGUGAUGGCACCAGAGUUUACUUCUUCACACAAGAUGAGCUGGAUGCGCUCUUCACGGCUGCGGGUCUGGAGAAGGUGCAGAACCUGGUGGAUCGCCGCUUGCAGGUGAACCGAGGCAAACAGCUGACGAUGUACCGAGUGUGGAUUCAGUGCAAAUACAGCAAGCCUCUCCUGCCCACUGCCAACGGGGAGGUGUCCACGCCCCACGCAACAUGAGGGCAUCGUGUUUCGGGCUGUUGUAAGGAGACCUCUGUAAAUAGCAGCUUGUUGAUGUUGGACAUCGGUCUGGAAAUCCAAGGAGCUCAAACCUUCAACCUAGGAACAGUUGCUUUCUGUUAACAAUUGUGGUUUUUGUUUGUGAAGCCCAUUAAUAUAUGCUUACUUUCUCAAGUUCA